UCUCAAUAACCUCGGACGGUGCGCCUCUAUCCGCUAUUGUGGGGAUCUUCUGAAAUGGGGGUGCUCCAUAGGUGAGGUUCUUGGAUAUCUUCCCUCACGAGUGAAUAUUGUCCAUUCGCAUUGUCAGUAGCGAUUGGCUAUGGUCAAUUCCAAUUCAGAUCUUGAACGUGCCCGGGAACCCGUCGCAAAUUCCAUCCGCCAUGGAGAACCUUCCUCCUCAUUAACGGCAGAUAAACUGACGAAGCGGACGGGUGCUUCAAUGGAUGUCCCCGAAAAGGGCUCCGCGACGAACCACAGUGAAGAGUCACUCGGUGCCGGAUCCAACAUGCUCACCAAAGAUGGCACGCAUCGAUAUCUCAAGGCCCGACAUAUCCAGUUGAUCGGUAUUGGAGGCACAAUCGGCACGGCGCUUUAUGUCCAGAUUGGUAAAAGUCUGCUUCGUGGUGGUCCUGCCAGUUUGUUUGUGGCAUUUACUAUAUGAAGAAGAGCCAAAAAAUAUAAGAAAGCAUAGUACACACCACUCCAGCACUAGUCAUUACGAUAUGCACCUCGCGUUGUCAAGAGACAGACAGAGUCCAGGCCCUGCGUUCUU